GAUGGCUGCCAUUAAUGUCAGCACUUCAGCGGUAGCAGUCAUCUUUGAUUUUGUAUAUUAUUUUCAUUAUUUUGUGUUAGAAAGUUACGAUAUAUCAAAAUUUACAUGAUAUUACGGAAUUGAUUAAUUAGUUGAAGUUAAGUAUAUUUUGUGAUGUUGUGCAAAUGUGUUAAGUGGUCUAUAAGUUAUGCUGCCAUGAACAAUGCAGCAAAACAACUGCAUAGACAGACACUGAAUAUUUUUCAUUGUUUGUAAUGUGAACUUGUGAAGUGUAUAGCUAAUUGUGAACUUUAUUUUAUAUUGUGAUAUAAAUGCACCACAAAAUGCCGCAAAUGUCUAUAUGCAGGAUGUGUCUGGGUACAGACCUCCGCAUGAUUACGAUCGCCGGUACGCCUUUACAGGCAGUUUAUGAGAAAGUUACUGAGGCUGAGUUGCUUGACAACAUGAAGCCAGUGGUAGCAUGUUACAUCUGCCUUGCCCAGCUCAAGAGAUGCCGCACCUUCAUGGAGAAGUCUGUCAAGGCGGAUGAAGUAUUAAACGGCAUAUUAAUGAAUAGUAAGCUUACAAUCAAGUCUGUAGCCCGGAUCGACCGUAACGCUUACAAACUGAACCAUCCGCUGUCGAUCAAAGUGAUACCAUCCGAAGAUCAGGAAGAACUGGAUGUGAGGAAGGUGAAGAAGGAGUUGGAAUUUGAGUUCGCCGGUGCCGAUGUAAGCCAUGUGGAGAUCAACUUUGACCAACAAACAGAUUACCCACAACUCAAUGAGCCAAUCGUAAACAUAGACGAGAAGUUUGGGCAACCAGUCGUCGCACAAGUCUUGGACGUUGGCUUUCUGAAAGAGGAGGGGAAGGAAGAACCUGCAGUGUCCGACACUGACGACUUCCGGGAUGCGGUGUCGGAUGACGAUGUACCGUUACGACCAGCUGUCAAAAAGCGAAAAAGAAAUUCUGACGGCGAAGUGAAACCGAAGAAGGUGAAAGUGGAGGGUGCUAAGAAGGCGUCAGCUAAGAGGACAGGCAAACAGAAACGUGACGAACCAAGUGUUUCUGAUCAGAAAUUCAAAUGCAAUUGCGGCGCGAGCUUCAGUCGUAAAUACCAUUUGAAGAGACAUCAGAGCUCACACACUGACCUGAAACCCCAUCAGUGUAACUUUUGUUCAGCCAGCUUCAGUGUGCAUUAUCAUUUGAAAAGGCAUUUAAUAAUACAUAGCAAUAAGUUCCCGUAUAAUUGUGAAUAUUGUCAGCGUCGAUUUAAGCGUCCGGACCAUUUAAAAGCACAUAUUAAAGUUCACGGAAUAACCAUUGAGAAUGAUUACAAACCGAUUCCAGCUCCGAUAACAAUUCAGAAUCAGGUUAUAGAGAAACUAGGUUAUAAUAACUAUUCAAUUCCAGUCCCAAUAUCCAGUGAGAAUCUAAUUAUAGGUGAACAAACGGACAAUAAUGACUGUCUGAUUCCAGUCAGAUGUGAGGCUUAUGUAAAUUCUAAUUAUGCUGAAAAAAUGGGCGAACAUGAAGCAAAAGACAAUAUUCAAAAUUUAAUUAAAAGUGAAGCUAAUGAGACAUUUAAAGAUGUCAGUAGUGAUAAAUUGUCAAAUAAAAUUGAUAAAUUGUCAGAUGAAAAUGAUGGAAGCAAUUCUGAUUUAGUACAAACAAAAAGCAAUUUAACUCCCAAUUCGAAUGUUUUGAAAUCUCACCUCUGUAAUGAAUGCGGAGCGAAGUUCGGUCGCAGCAACCAUUUGAAAAGGCAUUUAAUAAUACACAGUCGGCAAUUAACGUAUGAGUGCAUUGUUUGUCCCUCAACGUUUAAUAUUAAAAGUGAGUUAAAAGAACAUUUUAGAACGACGCAUAACAUUGAAGGAACGUACGUAUGUAGCAUUUGUGGCCGUAAGUUCACUGUUAAAAUCAACUUGGAAAGACACAUACUGAAGCAUAUGGAGAAUGACAAGGGCCAUGUAACCAAAUCUAAUGAGGAGAACAGACCAUCAAUAUGCAGCGUGUGUGGAUUAAUUUUAAAUCGGAAAUCUAAUUUGAAAAAACACAUGUUAAUACACACUGGUGAGAAACCUUAUAAAUGUGACAAAUGCAAUAAGAGUUUUAAUCAGAGCGGCACUUUGGCGACUCAUUUAAAAAUGCACGCUGGUAUAAAACCAUAUGAAUGCUCUGUAUGUUAUCAUAAGUUUUUAUCAAAGAAUAAUUUGCACAAACACCUGUCCAAACAUUCAGACGAGAAACCUCACAAAUGUAUCUUUUGCAAUCGCGAAUUUAAAAGAAAAGACGUCAUGAAGAUGCACAUGAAGACACACUCUAAUGAGAAACCUCACGAAUGUAAUAUAUGUCAACGUAAAUUCGCUCUGAAGAAAUCCUUCACCAGACAUGUUAAAAAACAUGGGAUUGAAAAGAGUCAAAAUUAAUUUUAAUAAUUUUAAAACAAUUAAUGAUUAAUGAAUCUCACUUCAUUGUACUUUUUCUCACACAUACAUAGUCUAAGAGAUACACUACACACUAGAGGCGUUGGUGAAGACAAAAAAAUACAAUAAAAAAAAUAUUAUAUUUUUUGUCAUAGUUGCUUUUAUCAAAGAAAUAAUUUUAAUUUCCCUUUGAAUAAAAUACACUUUUCUUAUACGUUUCUCAUAAAGUAGGUUGCACUAUUGUAAUUUUGAAUAGUAUUUUCGCAUCUCCUUAUUUGUAAAUCUUUAUAUAAUGAUUGCUUUGUUAUUGCGGUGAAGUCCUCUAAAUCACAAUACUUACAAAACUUUUUUAGAUUCGAUUUCACAUUUUAAUAUACAAUUGAUUGAUUACGCAGGUGAUUCCCCAACAAACGUAUUGAAAACUGGUCUUAUAAGUAAGCCACCGGUUGAUUUACCGUUAACUGAACAAGAUAAAGAAAUAACAACUGAAUUGAAACGAAUGAAAUCUCUAACACUUACUACACAUGAAGGUCUAAGCCGCUACGUGUGUCAAUUCUGUAAUGCCAUAUUUCAAAAGGAAAAUCAUAUGCGAUGCCAUUUAAAACAACAUAAACCUUACGAAUGUGAAUAUUGUCAAAAGAGAUAUGUCAAAGAACACGACCUAAAGAGACAUGUUCGAACGCACACCGGCGAAAAACCUUAUAAAUGUAAUAUAUGUAAGCGCAGCUACGCACAGAAAUAUUACUUGACUACACAUUCGAGAAUGCAUACAGGAGAGAGACCAUAUCAAUGUAACUUUUGUGGCAAGAAUUUCCGUACUUCGGGUCAUUUGAAAAUUCAUUCAGUUAUUCAUGCUAAAGACAAAUCUUACGAGUGUGACAUUUGUCAUAGUAAAUUUAAUCAGAAGGGAGGCUUAAAAAUACAUCUUAAAAAACAUGCUGGCGACAAACCUUACGAAUGUAAGAUAUGCCAUGCUAGGUUUAUACUCAAAGAUGUCAUGGAACGGCAUGUGGUUAGACACGAGAAACCUGAAGAAAGACGUUUCCAAUGUAACGUUUGUGGAAAGUGCUUUUUUGUAAGUGCCGAUUUAAAGAUUCACUUUAGAGUACAUACCGGGGAGAAACCGUAUGAGUGUAAUAUUUGUCAUAAGAGAUUUACUCAAAACUGCACUUUGACAGUGCACUUGAAAAGACACACUGGCGAGAAACAUUACGAAUGUAAUUUUUGUCAUCGCAGUUUUUAUCAAAAAAGUAAUUUGAACGUCCAUUUGAAAAAACACACGGGCGAAAAGCCUUUUGAAUGUAAUAUAUGUCAACGUAAGUUUACUUUCAAAAAUGUUUUAGAAAAACAUUAUAGAAUUCACACAGGCGAGAAGCCUUACGAAUGCAAUAUCUGUCAUCGAAAAUUUAUUCAAAGCAGUCAUUUGGCUACGCAUAGAAAAGUACACGUUGAUUAAAAAAGUAGUAAAAUAUAUUAAAGGACGUUAUUUCUUUGGACGGAGUUUUCUGUUUUGAAUUUUAUAUUAUGUAGGUUCACAAUAUAAAUAUUUAUCAAUCAGUAAUGUAAAAAGUAUUUUUUGAACCUUUAGAAAUUUAAAUCGUUGAACUCAUAAUUUUUGUAGCUAUAUCUGACUAAAGCAAUUCUAUAUUCUUUAGGAUUCCUGGUUACUUUACAAAUAGCUCGGAAUUAUUUUUUACAAAUAUUUAUUCUAAACGAAUUAUAUAAAAAAAGCGUUUACUUCACUAUUAUUUUUGAAUCUUUGCGAUAAAGUCCUUAACGCUUUCUUAUUUUGUGCAUACUCAUAGAAUGAUUUAUGUCAAAAUGUGUCCUUUCUUUAGUUAAGAGUAAGAUGUAUAUGUUAUGAAAUUUAUAUAAAGGAAAAAACAAGACAUUCGACACGUUUAAUUAUGUAUAGCAAUUGUACCGAACAUACAAAAAUAAAUAUUUUAUUGAAAAGUAUUGAACA